AUGGCCACCCUAGGCCUUGAACAGGAUGAAGAUCCCCUAGCAACACAAACAACACAAACAGCAUGGCCCGUGACGAACUUUACGCGAGUGUAUUUGGAUCAGCAACUACACGAACUUGGCUACAGUCAAAAUGUCAGCUUCGAUAUAUUCAAGGUUAUGUACUUGCACAAUGUGCGCAUGGCUGUUGAGAAGGACUGGUAG